GGGGCCCUGGCCACCUGCAACAUCCCCCUGGCCUUCCUGGAGCCCACCAUCGCCAACUGGAUGAAGGACUCCAUGGGGGCCAGCGAGUGGGAGGUGGGCCUCACCUGGUUGCCCGCCUUCUUCCCCCACGUGCUGGGCGUCUACGUAACGGUCCGGCUGGCUGCCGCCUACCCUCACCUCCAGUGGUUUUACGGGGCCCUGGGCAUGGCCAUCAUUGGCGCCAGCUCCUGCCUGGUGCCAGCCUGCAGGAAUUUUGGGCAGGUCAUCGUUCCCCUCUGUGGCAUCUGCUUUGGCAUCGCCCUGGUGGACACAGCCCUGCUGCCCACCCUGGCCUUCCUGGUGGAUGUGCGCCACGUCUCUGUCUAUGGCAGUGUCUAUGCCAUCGCAGACAUCUCCUACUCCGUGGCGUAUGCCCUGGGGCCCAUUGUGGCCGGCCAGAUUGUGCACACCAUGGGCUUCGCGCAGCUCAACCUGGGCAUGGGGCUUGCCAAUGUGCUUUAUGCCCCUGUCCUUCUCUUACUCAGAAACGUCUGUCAAAUGAAACCCUCUCACUCGGAGAGGAACAUUCUCCUUGAAGAAGGACCUAAGGGACUCUAUGACACCAUCAAAAUGGAGGAGCGUAAAGGCAUGGGCAAAAGCCUCCAGCCAGCAGGUGGGAUGGAGGAGAAUGGCAUGGACUCAUACCGCAGAGACCUGACUGGGGUGUCUGAGGAGGACUCAUCGGACUAUGAGUACAGUUAG